AUGUAUCACCUCUUCAAAUCCAUCUACCUCCACGCCACCAGCAAAGAAGAAUACUCCAUCCUGCUCCUCGGCCUCGACAACGCCGGCAAAACCACUCUCCUCGAGCAGAUCAAGGCGCACUACUCGACCCACGCGCACCCGAACCUCAAAACCGUGCCCACCGUCGGCCAAAACGUUGCCACAAUCACGCUGCCAGACCUCUACCUCAAGAUCUGGGAUGUAGGCGGCCAGCACUCUCUCCGCGGGCUAUGGCAGAGCUACUACAGCAGCUGCCACGCCAUCGUCUUCGUCAUCGACUCGACCGACGUUGGGGAUGCAGACAUAGCCCGCUUGGCCGCCGGAGCAUCCUCAGCGGAUGAAGAGGGCAGGCUGGAGGAGUGCAGACUGGUGCUUGAGGAUGUGCUGCAGAACCAGGAUACUGAGGGCGUGCCCGUGCUCAUUUUGGCGAACAAGCAGGACAGGGAAGACUGCGUCGAGGUCGUGCGGAUUAAGGAGGGGCUUGUGAGGAAGGUGUUUGAGGGCGAGAAGGGCGGGAGUGUGAGGGAUAGUAGGGUGUUGCCGUGCGCGGCGCUGACGGGGACAGGGGUGCAGGAGGCGGUGGAGUGGAUUUGUUCGAGGGUCAAGUGGAAUAAGGAGAGUCGGCCUCCUGUCAUGCGAUGA